AUGGGUGAAGAGGGAGUCAAAAAAUUUGGAUCGUUGGCCACAUUGGAGGCAGUAAAGGCCAUCCAGGAGAACUCUAACAGCUUAUCCAAUGAAAAGAAGGGUGAACGCAUGGAAGUGGAUCCAAUAGAAAGUCAGCAUGAAGCAGAGCUUUUAGCUGAGUUUGAACGCAGGCGGCGAGCUCGAACCUUGACGUUGCCCACUGAUGACGUACAAGUAAAGCUGAAGUUGAGAAAGUUAAAUCAGCCGAUAUGUUUGUUUGGAGAAGAUAUAUUGGAUCGUAGAGAACGUUUACGUGCGUUACUCUCUACCAUGACCGAGGAUGAAGUCGCUGCUAUUCUGCAUACAGAAGAGGGUUUUGUUGAAAAACCAGACGAAGAGACUACUACUUGGUACCAUCGGGGUCCAGCAGCAUUGCGAUCAGCCCGAGUUGCGAUUGCAGAUUUUUCUCUUCGGAGAGCAAAAGAAAGGUUAAUGCGUGCUCGACAGAAUGCAGCGCGACCGCCUCACGAGAAAGCCUUGGCACGGCAAGAAGCACACAAAUGGAUACAGCAGUUAAAUCUGCAUGCUUCUCAGGUAGCAGACAGUCGGCCUGUUGCGUACUGUGAAUUCUCACCGGAUUCUGAACACAUUGUAACUGCCGGCUGGUCAGGACAACCAUCAGUAUGGAAGAGAGAUACUUGUGAACGUUUGAUACGGUAUACUGGACAUCAGGGCCAAAAUGGUUGUGCUCGAUUUCAUCCUCAUGCUUACAUAUCUGCUGAUGCCUCUACAUUAAAUGUAGCGAGCUGUGCCCACGAUGGAACGGUUUACUUGUGGUCCUUGGACAACGACAAGCCGAUAGGUGAGCUGGAAAAGCACGAGGCUCGAGUGUCUCGACUUGCUUUUCAUCCAAAUGGCCGACAUUUGGCUACAGCAUGCUAUGAUUCUUCAUGGCGGAUGUUUGACGUCGAGACUAGUGAAGAAUUGUUGUUUCAGGAAGGACAUGCCAAGUCUGUAUCAGAUGUGGCAUUUCAUCCAGAUGGUUCAGUAGCGCUGACAGGUGGAUUGGAUUGCUACGGAAGGGUGUGGGAUCUGCGCACUGGGCGCUGUAUUAUGUUUUUAGAUGGUCAUACAAAAGAGUUGUAUACUGUCGAAUGGCUUCCAAACGGGUAUGAGAUGGUGACGGGAAGUGCUGAUAACACUAUUAAAGUAUGGGAUCUCCGUAUACGUAAGAAUACCUACACGAUGCCAGCGCAUUCUAGCGUUGUAUCAAAAAUCAAAGCAGAUAAUCAGGGACAAUAUCUGGUGUCGGCCAGCUAUGACAAUUCCCUCAAGAUAUGGUCUUCAUCAGGAUGGCAACCGUUAAGGCAAUUAAAAGGGCACGAUACCAAGGUUAUGUGCGUCGAUAUCAGCCCAGAUGGCAAAUGGAUUAUGUCGUCAGCAUUUGAUCGUACAUUCAAGUUGUGGACUCAGUCAGAGUAUUAG